UUUGGCGCAAAAAUCGAAAAUUCUCAUCGUAGUAAAACCAAUUAUGACCCCUAUUGACCAAAUCCUGGAUGAUUUGACAAUAUUUCAUGAGCGCGGGGGACUCAUGGGGGUACCGUUGUGUAUAAAUGGAAACAAAAAUAUGAAACGAACGAAGCCAAUCGCUAAUAGUUUUCACCCUUUUGGAUUUCGCAGUCGGCUCAAGGAGAAGAGAAGCAGGUUGACCGUUGUCAGAGCUUUAUUUUAUCCGGAAUCCGCGAUUCAAGAGGCAAAGCGGCAGAGUGGAACGAUUCCCGUGGACCCGGGGCACUUGAACAUUGAAGAGAAAAAGGAGUGGUCUGACCUGUAA